AUUAAUGUUUGUUGAGUCAAAUCAUAUUCGCAGACAAAUGGAACUUUUUCAGAUCAAAUGCAUUGGUCAAUUAUCGUUCAUCGAAUGCUAACAAUUACAAGGCAACCCAGUUGUUGCAACGCUGUUCUUGUGUCGCAAUGUGUGCUUCUCAUUCCUCUUUGACGACGUCGUCUUUUGGGUCGUACGAGAAAUUGAAGACGGUGUGGAUUUGGACAAAAAGCAAAGAGGUCAUGAUGGCCGCCGUGGAGAGAGGAUGGAAUACCUUCGUUUUCUCAUCCCAGGAUCGACAACUCGCCAAUGAGUGGUCUUCAAUCGCCUUAAUAAGUCCUCUGUAUAUUGAAGAGGGAGGCAUUUUUGAUGGUGAGAAUAGAAGGGUUGCCACAGUUUUUGAGGUUUCAAAUCCGCAAGAGUUGCAGCAGCUCCAACCCGCAAAUGGGCAGGCAGAGAAUGUUGUUAUCAAUUUGCUAGAUUGGCAGGUAAUUCCUGCAGAGAAUAUUGUUGCUGCAUUCCAAGGUUCUCAAAAAACAGUUUUUGCCAUCUCAAAAAGUCAUUAUGGCGCACAAGUCUUCCUUGAGGCUUUGGAACAAGGUCUGGGUGGAGUUAUUUUAAAAGUCGAGAAUACUGAAGCUGUUUUUCAGCUCAAGAUGGUUCGUCUGCCAAUCCCGUUCGGGCCAAAAAUCGACUGUAAGGGUGCUGUGCCCUUCAGCAGAGAGCAGAUAACGUUAAUAUUCAAGAAGCAGGACAAAAACAAGGAUGGCAAACUUUCGCAGGAUGAGGUGAAGGCAGCCUUCGUAGAGUUGAAAGCAUUUUGGCCUUGGUUUCGCGCUGUGCAAGGGUUCCGGCAUGGUGACAACGACGGCGAUAAGUUCAUCAAUAUUGACGAUCAGGAGCUGGAAAACCUCGUUGACUACACCCUAAAAUGCGGGUUUAUUAAUAAAUAG